UGUUUUCUGGUAAUUUACAGGCAUGCCAUGCUUUUAAGCAAGAGAGGAACCUACUCAAUAGCCAGAGGUAGACCCAAUGACAGAUUGAUGGAGGUGUGCAGCAAAAUGGGUUGAAUGAGUGCAGAACUGCCUUAUUUCACUUGCUGGCUGAGCUGAAACUUCCUGCUUCUUAGGGAGAGCAUGUAUAAAAGGAAUGACCUCAUGGCCAAUGUGAUAAUCACCUCCGCUGCUCCAGAGGGUAGUAGCAGCUCAGAUUCUCUGGAGGGGCGGAGUUCGGAUUAUGCCAAUAAAAGCUACGAUGCAGUUGUAUUUGAUGUGUUGAAAGUAACUCCUGAGGAGUUUGCUAGCCAGAUUACAUUAAUGGAUAUGCCAGUAUUUAAAGCUAUACAGCCUGAGGAACUAGCCAGCUGUGGAUGGAAUAAGAAAGAAAAACAUAUCCUCGCUCCAAAUAUUGUUGCCUUUACUAGGAGGUUUAACCAGGUCAGUUUUUGGGUUGUACGAGAAAUUUUAACAGCACAGACCUUAAAAAUAAGGGCAGAAAUAUUGAGCCAUUUUGUGAAAAUAGCUAAAAAGCUUCUUGAACUGAAUAACCUUCAUUCCCUUAUGUCAGUGGUGUCAGCACUGCAAAGUGCACCUAUCUUCAGGCUGACAAAAACCUGGGCUCUUCUGAAUCGCAAAGAUAAGGCCAACUUUGAGAAGUUAGACUAUUUGCUGUCUAAGGAAGAUAAUUACAAAAGGACACGAGAGUACAUCAGAAGCUUAAAAAUGGUUCCUACUAUUCCAUAUUUAGGGAUUUAUCUCUUAGAUUUAAUCUACAUUGAUUCUGCAUAUCCCGCUUCAGGCAGCAUCAUGGAGAAUGAACAAAGAUCCAAUCAAAUGAACAAUAUUCUCCGAAUAAUAGCUGAUCUGCAAGUCUCCUGUAACUAUGAUCAUCUUACAACACUACCCCAUGUGCAGAAGUAUUUAAAGUCUGUCCGUUAUAUUGAAGAACUUCAGAAAUUUGUGGAAGAUGAUAACUAUAAAUUAUCAUUACGAAUUGAGCCAGGUAACAGCUCUCCUCGACUGGUUUCCUCCAAAGAAGAUAUCGCAGGUCCAUCUGAAGUGUCUGCCAUCAUGAAAUUCAGAAGGAGACCAACAUGUCCUGAUGCCUCAGUGGCAGCAGGUCUACCAACACCUCCUGUACCAAGGCACAGGAAGAGUCACAGCCUGGGAAACAACAUGAUGUGUCAGCUCAGUGUAGUGGAGAGCAAAAGUGCCACAUUUCCAACAGAGAAGCCGCGCCAUCUGCUGGAUGACAGUGUCUUGGAAUCGCACAGCCCUGCCCGCAACCACAUGCUAAGCUCUGUAUUCUCUAAUGGCAUUUCCAUAGAUAGCAGUGAAAGCUCAGAAUUUAGUGAGGAGCUGUCUUCAGGGCUUGAAAGGGGUCGUUUGUAUGCCACGCUGGGGCCCAACUGGAGGGUACCAAUCCGGAAUUCUCCCAGAAGUCAGAGCUGUGUCUACAGCCCAAUAGGAGCCUGUAGCUGCACAUUAGGUAGUUCCACUAGAGUCAUUACCAUGGAAGGGCCCUUAAGAAGGAAAACAUUGCUCAAAGAAGGCAAGAAACCUACUUUCUCGUCAUGGACUAGAUACUGGGUUACACUUUCAGGAUCAACUCUUCUGUACUUUGGAGUGAAAUCUUUAAGAGGCACUGAAAGAAAACAUUAUAAAUCCACACCUGGUAAAAAAGUCUCCAUUGUGGGCUGGAUGGUGGCACUGCCUGAUGACCCUGAACAUCCUGAUAUUUUCCAGCUAAAUAACCCUGAUAAAGGCAAUGUUUACAAGUUCCAAACUGGUUCAAGGUUUCAUGCAAUAUUAUGGCAUAAGCAUUUGGAUGAUGCAUGCAAAAGCAACAGGCCUCAGAUACCUGCUAAUCUAAUGUCAUUCGAAUAAUUUCCUCUCUUACGUGGUGUGACUUCAAGUGCCAAACUGAAGAAACAAACUGUUGUCCUCUAAGGAGGAAGAGGAGAAAAGAAUGAUUUUUCCUGACAUGAGCCAGCCACAAAUAUUUCAGCACUUUCCUGUGUAACUUGAAAGUGAUUCUGACACAGCUUUUAAAAGCAGAAAGUGAAUGUUGUCCUUAGGACCAGAUAAAGUCUCAUGCACUGAGAGAAAGUAGACAACUUAGAUGGACAGAAGAUUAAUCCUGACUACUGCAGGAUUCUAGAGCCCUCAACUUUAAUUUUGUGGUCACAGACUGCCCUGAACUGAUGUUCAGCCACAAACUUUGCAUCAUAUCUUCUGCCUAUUCUUUUUUAAAAUGUUCUUUUUAUUAUUAAGCUGCUUUAUGUGACUGAAGAACAUUUGGCCCAUGUUGGGUUUCAAUUCUUUCUAAUGCACAAAAUGACAGACAGUGUUAACUUGCUGCAAAGUGUCAAUUAGAAUAGAAAAUUGUAGAACAACAUUUUUAUAACUUACAUGCACUGAGUUGCUUGGCAAGGUGGCUGCCUCAGAUUUUGUAUCAAUUUUCUGACAAUUGUACUGUUCACAUUUGAGCUAUUUGGAAAAAAUGUAUUUUGGCACAGAACAGUUAGUAAAGCAUUUUCAUUUUA